UUGAAAAAAAAAAUUAUUUUUUUAAGUUGUAUCUUAGCAUGAUAUGUAUGAUCCGUUUCGAAAUCAUUGAAAAAUCUCGAGCUCUCAAACGGGCCAACCUGGACACGCAAUAGUAAAGACAAAAACGCCAAGAAAAAGCAAAGCACAAAGCACAAAACCCAAACCCAAACCCAACUCUCUCUGUUAAACCCCUUUUAACUUUCAUCUCUCUCUUGCUUUUUCUCUCUCUAAGAAAACAAACAGCAGAGAGACAAAGACAAAGAAAGAAGAGAUGGGUGCGGUUUCGAAGGAGGCUCAGCUUUCUAUAGCUGCCUCUUCGAUGUUUCCGGGGUUUAGGUUUUCACCGACCGACGAGGAAUUGAUUUCCUACUACCUUAAGAACAAGCUGGAGGGACCGGUGCCCGGGAAGAGCGUGGAGGUCAUCUCCGAGGUUGAUAUCUGCAAUUUCGAGCCCUGGGACUUGCCAGCUAAAUCUGUCAUUCAAUCGGAAAAUGAGUGGUUCUUCUUUUCUCCACGAGGAAGAAAGUACCCAAAUGGAUCACAAAGUAGAAGGGCAACAGAAUUCGGUUAUUGGAAGGCCACAGGAAAGGAACGUAACGUAAAGUCAAGUUCUAACAUUAUUGGUACAAAGAGGACACUUGUGUUCCACAUAGGUCGUGCACCAAAAGGGGAAAGGACAGAAUGGAUUAUGCACGAGUACUGCAUAAAUGAUAAACCCCAGGAUUCUAUGGUUGUUUGCCGCCUCCGGAAGAACAGUGAGUUUCGUUUGAAUGACACCACAAACCAAGGUUGUUCAAGUCGAACUCCUUUAUCAACUAUGCAAAAUGAUGGAAAUGCCGUCUCUGAAAUUGGUAAUGACCAAGGGGAUAAGGCAGUUGAAUGCAAUUCGAAGAAGUCUACUAGCAGUCAUGAUUCUCAUUCUAUUGAGCAAAUUGAUUCUGCAUCCGACUCCUACCCAAAUCCAGUAACAGAUGCUAUGCAGACAGACUCUAAUGGGCACCAGAAGGGUUCUUAUGAUGAAGACUUGUAUGCGGAGAUACUGAACGAUGAUAUAAUCAAACUAGAUGAAUCUUCCGUGCCUGCUGCUCAUAUGAUGCCAGUUGUUGCCAACAACUCAGAUGCUGAACAUCAAUCUCAACAUCAUAUGCAAGCCACUUUGUCGCAAGCAGUUCCUUUCCAAGGUACUGCAAACCGAAGAAUCCAUUUGAGAAAGAGAAAGGAAAAGUUUUGUGCAGAAUCACAGAACUCUUCCAACUCAGAGCAAUCACGAAAAGCUUUAGUGAAUUGGAUGGACGAUCGACAUAUGUUAUUAUAUGUAUUUUUUGUUUUUCUGGUACUGCUGGCUGUGUUUCUAUCCAAUUUUUGUUUUCCUGAUGUUGCUGGCUCUGUUUCUGCUCGCUUUGGAAGGAUCCUGGCAAGUCAAAAACAUCACAUGUAAGUGUUUGCAAAGGCUUUCUGCCAUAAACGCUAAUAGUAGACUUCUUUUUC